CUCACGGCUUGACAGGACUAUAAAGCUAGGAAGCUGAAGACACCAAGACACAGCUCGCCAACUAGAUUACAUAGCACCACGCGCCGCAAGUUGAGUUCAGUCGCUGGAAAGGAGAACACCUCGUCGCAAUGACGGAGCGCUACAACAACCACAUUCCAAUAGUGGGGGAUAUCAACGGGACUCCCAAAUGCGAAGCCAAGUCCCCAAAGGCUUCGACCGUUAGUUUCCACAACAUCCACUACAAGGUGACGCAAAGUCGCGGUUGUCUGUGUAUCAAGAGGAAAAGCACAAGCAAAGACAUUCUCAUAGAUCUAAAUGGUGUGAUGAAACCCGGUCUCAACGCCAUCAUGGGGGCCACGGGAAGCGGCAAGUCAUCGUUUCUGGACGUGCUAGCAGCCAGAAAGGAUCCAGCUGGCCUGACCGGAGAGGUGUUGAUAGACGGAGCUCCUCAACCUCCCAACUUCAAAUGUCUCUCAGGAUACGUGGUCCAAGACGAUGUGGUGAUGGGGACACUGACGGUGAGGGAGAACUUCCGUUUUUCGGCGGCGCUGCGCCUCCCGUCCUCCAUCAGUAACAAGGAGAAGGAGGACAGAAUCAACCGACUCAUCGAAGAACUGGGACUCACGAAAGUAGCGGACUCACGGGUGGGAACCCAGUUGAUCCGGGGGAUAUCUGGAGGAGAGAGGAAGAGAACCAACAUCGGCAUGGAGCUCAUCAUCAACCCUACGGUUCUCUUUCUGGAUGAACCAACCACAGGGCUGGACGCUAGCACCGCUAACUCUGUACUGCUACUCCUCAAGAGGAUGUCGAGUCACGGUCGUACCAUCAUCCUGUCCAUUCACCAGCCUCGCUACUCCAUCUACCGGCUGUUUGACAGCCUGACCCUGCUGGUCAACGGGAAACAGGUCUACCAUGGCCCCGCCCAGAGUACUCUGGACUACUUCUCCAACAUUGGGUAUACCUGUGAGCCCCAUAACAAUCCCGCUGACUUCUUCCUGGACGUGAUCAAUGGCGAUUCUACCAGUGUGAGCUCCAACCAGAUUCAGAAAGGAGACGACUUGGACCCAGACAAGAUAGCCAGUGUCCGUGAGAGCAUUGAGGGCCGCCUGGUCCAGGAGUAUCGGGGGUCCCAGUUCUACAGGGACACCAAGUCCCAAUUGGAGCAAAUCGUGGCAGGGAAGCAGUACAGUGGGAAAACUCGCUCCCGGACCAUCACCUACAACACCUCCUUCUCCACCCAGUUCAAAUGGGUUCUGAGGAGAACCUUCAAAAACCUCAUCCUCAACCCUCAGACAUCAUUUGCACAAAUUGGAGUCACAUUGUUCCUGGCUCUCAUCGUCGGGGCAAUAUUCUUUGAUGCCAAAAAUGAUCAGAGUGGCAUCCAGAACAGGAUGGGGGCUCUGUUCUUCAUCACCACCAACCAGUGCUUCAGCUCUCUGUCCUCUGCCGAACUCUUCAUCACAGAAAGAAAACUGUUCAUUCAUGAAUACAUCAGUGGGUACUACAGAGUGUCGGUCUACUUCCUGUGUAAGAUUCUGAGUGACAUCCUCACACUAAGGACUCUACCAGCUAUCGUGUUCAGCUGUGUGGCUUACUUCAUGAUCGGUUUUAAACCCACAGUGGGCGCGUUCUUCCUGUUUAUGCUGACGGUUGCCCUGGUAGCGUACACGGCCACAGCUAUGACCAUGGCCAUUUCAGCUGACCAGAGUGUAGUGGCCAUUGCCAACAUCUUCAUGACCAUAGCCUUCGUGUUCAUGAUGAUCUUCUCUGGUUUAUUGGUGAAUCUGCCCAGUAUCCCUAGUUGGCUAGCUUGGUUGAAGUAUCUCAGCAUCCCUCGAUAUGGACUGACAGCUCUGGAGAUUAAUGAGUUUGUGGGGCUCAAGUUCUGCAGUGAUGAGCUGCUCAACAGCACCCUGCCGUCUGGGCUGAUGUGUACUGGGGAGAACCUUCUGACGAACCAGGGGGUGGAUUACUCGACGUGGGGGCUGUGGCAGAACCAUGUCGCCAUGGGUGUCAUGACCAUCAUCCUCCUGGUAAUCGCGUACCUCAAACUACGUUACAUCAAGAAGUUCACGUAGAGGUCAGGGAAAAGCAAAAACCAUCGUCGUCGACCAAUCCUUGUCACAAGUCAAAGUUCAACUUGUUGUCUUCUCUACCAAAUAUUGGGUUGACUUCAAGCACACAGCUUAGGCCUUGUCCUGGGAUUCUAUCUACAUUCAGCGUUCUCCAUUCAGCUUUAUUUUCCUAGUCCAAGACCAGGCCUAAUCUUUGUCCUCAACCCGGCCCUAUUUUAUCUACAAAGAAUGGCCUCCAUUCAUGCAAAUGUUUUACAUCACAUCUCAAGAUGUGACUUUUUUUGAGGCACUAUGACUGCGUUUUACACAGUUGAACUCAUCUUUCAACCAACCGGAUUGGCUCUGAAAACGAUCUGAUCAAAUCCGAUCCGACCAAUUAGUGUAAUAAAAGAAUUCAGAUGUGGUGUGACCUGAUUGUGUGGACGCACACAUGCCAAAGAGUUCAUGUGUAUUAACAGCCAAUAUAUUGACGAUGCGCUGCUCUGUACAUAUCUACAGUAAUGUAUCCAUGAUCUUAGUGUCCUCAUUCUCCACAGUCCAAACAGGGACCAUAGGAACACAGUAAUAUACUGUCUGAACAUGCCCCAAUUCAACUGCAUCCUCACUGGAGAAGCUCUGUUGUUUUUUAACAGACUGAUCUGGGGACGCAUACUGUAAAUAAAGAAACUCAUCACCUAGGCUGGGUUGAAUGAAUCCCAGCCCAGGUGACUAAUACCGUUUUGUACGCCUUUUAAACCCUUUGUUUAAUCGUAGUUACAAAUUAUGUCAAUAUUAAUAUAAUUGUAUUAAUUAUGAAAACAAUAAAACUUUAUAUCGUGUA